CCCCCGGCCGCAGCCUGGGGUGCUGCUGCGCUGCUGCAGCAGGUGCAACGAGUUGCACAGGUCUCAGCCCGACCGAGCUGCUGCGGGCGGAGAGGGGCCGGGGGCCGUCGCCUGGAAAGUUUCCCCCCCCCCCCAAGCUGCUGCCCCCUCGCUGGGGUCAGGCCGGGCAGGGGGGGCCGCGUCGCCUCCAAAGGAGGAGCUGCCUCCUCCCAGCGGGAUGAUUUCUCCCACGACCGCCAGCGGCUGCUUCCCCCGCGGCCGGCGUUGAGCGGGAGCCGGGGCUGCGUGCGUGCGGCCGGGGAAGGGGCUCCGCGGAGGUGAGGCGGGCGGGGGGGGGCCGGGACGGGGACACCCCCCCAUCUCGCCUGGGGCUGGGACGUGGGGUCCCUUGCAGCUCGCUCGGGGUCGGGACGCGGGGACCACCGGCGUCUUGCAGGGGGCCGGGGCGUGGGGACCCCUAGAUCUUGCGUGGGGUGGAGAUGUGGGGAUGCCCUGCACUCUGCAUGGGGCUGGGACACGGGGACCCCUAGAUCUUGCAUGGGGACAGGACGCGGGGACCCCUAAAUCUCACGUAGGGCUGGGACACGGGGACCCCUCAGUCUUGCAUGAGGUUGAGAUGUGGGGGCUCCUGGCACCUUGCAUGGGGCCAGGACAUGGGGACCCCUAAGUCUCGCAUGGGGCCGGGACAUGGGGACCACUAAAUCUCACGUGGGGACGGGACAUGGGGACCCCCUGCACCUUGCAUGGGGCCGGGACACGGGGUCCCCUAAAUCUCACGUGGGACCAGGACAUGGGGCCCCCUGCUCCUUGCAUGGGGCCGGGACACGGGGACCCCUAAAUCUUGCAUGGGACCAGGACACUGGGACCCCUAAGUCUUGCAUGGGGUGAAGAUGCAGGGCCCCCUGCACCUCGCAUGGGGCUGGGACACGGGGACCCCCUGCCCCUUGCAUAGGGCCAGGACACGGGGACCCCUAAAUCUCACGUGGGACCAGGACAUGGGGACCCCUGCUCCUUGCAUGGGGCCGGGACAAGGGGACCCCUAAGUCUUGCAUGAGGUUGAGAUGUGGGGACACCUCGCAUGGGGCCAGCACGUGGGGACCCCUAAAUCUCACAUGAGGACGGGACACAGGGCCCCCUGCUCCUUGCAUGUGGCUGGGACACGGGGACCCCUAAAUCUUGCAUGGGACCAGGACACGGGGACCCCGAAAUCUUGCAUGGGGUGGAGAUGCAGGGCCCCCUGCACCUCGCAUGGGGCCGGGACGUGGGGACCCCUGCACCUCGCGUGGGGCCGGGACGCGGGGACCCCUGCCCCUUGCAGCGAGCGGGGCCGCCGGUGUCCCCGCCCGGCGUCCCCCCGUGCCGCCGGAGCCCUGCGGGCCGUCGCCGAGCGGCGCGGGCGCCGGGGGCCGUCGCGCCGGGGGCCAUGAAGAAGGCGGCGGCGGUGGCACCGCUGCAGCCGUCGCCGCGGGCCCGGGCCGUCGCCAGAGCGGCCGAGUACGUGGGCUCCUUCGCCGCCGCCGAGCUGGACGUGCAGCGGGACGCGGGGCGGCUCGACGAGCAGCUGCGGGCGCUGAAGGACUGUCCCCGCAGGAGAGCCGUCGUCCUCAAGUUCAGCCUGCAGGGCCUCAAGGUCUACGGCGGCGACGGCGAGACGCUGCUGAUGGCGCACGCCCUCCGGCGCAUCCUCUACAGCACGUGGCGCCCCGCCGACCGCCAGUUCGCCUUCGUGGCCCGCAACCCCCGCAGCCCGGCCGCCCAGCUCUUCUGCCACCUCUUCGUGGGCCGCCAGCCGGGCGAGGCGCAGACCCUCCACCUGCUGCUGUGCCGCUGCUUCCAGCUGGGCUACCUGCGGGGGCACCCCGAGGCGCGGGCGGGCGGCGAGGAGCCCCGGCCCCCCCCCGGCGCCGCCGUGCUGCGGGCGCCGCUGCGCCCGGCCGAGGCGUCGCCCACCGUCAAGGCGCUGGUCUCCUUCCGCCGCCUGCUCGCCCCCUCCGGCCUCGCCUCCCGGGAGAGGCGGCCGGAGGCGGAGGGCAGGGAGGGCGCCCGGCCCGGCAACCCCUACUGCUCGCCCGUGCUGGUGCGCAAGAAGGCCAUCCGCAGCAAGGUGCUGCGCUCCGGCGCCUACCGCGACUGCGCCGCCGAGGCGCCCCGCGACGCCGCACCCGGCGGCGGCGACAGCAAGGGCGCCCGGGGCCUGGCCUUGCUGCCCGAGAGCGACGGCGGCCUCGCCGAGAGCGUCUGGGCCUUCGCCGGCAUCGCCAGGGAGGGCGGCGUGGCCCUGCUGCGGCGGGACGUCCCCGGCGCCUUCCUGCUGCGCGCCGAGCCCGGCCUGCCCGACCGCUGGUGCCUCUGGGUGCGGGUGCCCUGCGGCGUCGUCCCCUACUACGUCUUCAAAACCCACCAGGGACGGUACUGCGUCGAGCACUCCAACGCCGAGUUCGCCAGCGUGGCGGCGCUGCUGGCGCACUACUCCGGGGCGCCCGGGGGCUGCUUCUGCCGCCUGGCCCCCGGGCGCCGCAACCACGGCUACGAGGAGCGGGACGCGGCGGGCGCCUCCCCCCAGGCCCCCGGCCCCGGCGGCGGCCAGCACGAGCGGGGCUAGGCCCGGCCCGCCGCCACGGCCGCCCUCGGCACGCUGCGGGCUGUACGGGGCGCCGCGGGCAAUAAAGAGGGCGCUUGCUGCAGGAGGA